ACUGAGUAAUACCAGUUUUGAGCUGGGAUUGUUUUUUGUUGGUGAAUCCAACUAUUGCGACUAACGAAAAAUUGCCAGACAUUUCUGUUUCGUAUUCGGUUUCGGUUUCAGUUUCCCAACGCAGUUCAACAAAGAAACACAGCACUCUCUGUCUGCUAUAUAUCAUGAAGCAGUCUAUAAUCUUGGUCGCCAUUUGUGCAUUGGGCGUUAGUCAGGCCGAUGUGUCACAUUUGCAUUUGGGCACAACCCCCGAGCCACAUGCUCCUGCCAAUCCCUAUGUGUUCAGCUAUCAGGCGGGCCGAGCACCAGGCCAUGUAGAUCGCCAGCAUACGGAGGUCUCGGAUGGAUCUGGUGUCAUCCGUGGUGCCUUCUCCUAUGUGGAUCCCAAGAACGAAGUGCGCACUGUUCAGUAUGUGGCCGAUGAGCAUGGCUUCCAUCCGCAGCUGAGUCAUCAGCUGGAAGACAGCGCUGCCGUUAAGGCAGCAAAGCGUAAGCAUUUGGACGCUUACAAUCGCAUUGCGCAAGAGCAUGCCAACCAUACACCGGGCCAAGUUGCCAUUGCGCACGCUCCCCGUGGAAGCGCUGCCGUUAUUCAUGCAACACAAAAGCACUUGAGCGCCUUUGAGCGAAUCGCUGCUGAGCAUGCGGCUAUUGGAGCACAGCAGGAGGCUCAACGUUUGGCAUUGGCUGCUCAGUCGGAGCACAGUGAAUACGAAAAUGGACAAUAUCAUCCAUAAAUUGCCAAACUAACAAAGCUCAACUGAAUAAAGGUUUCAUUACUGA